GUCCCCCGCCCGGUGCGCGCUGAGCCGAGCCCGGAGCGCGGUGGCCGCUGAGAGCCCCCGGCCGGAGGCGCGGAGCGGCCUGCACUGAGCGCGGCAAGGCGCGGCGGGAUGGCGGCGGCGGCCCCGGGCCCGUAGCCGGCGGCGCUGGGAGCCCGGCGGCUCCAUGGAGGAGACUUAGUGGAGCGCCCGGGAAGGGACCGCAGCCGGCGAUGAUGCCCUCACCUGGGCAGACCCUGACUGAAGGCCUGAGGACAUAGCUGCAGCUGCUGCCUGGGAUCCAGAGGCGGGGAAGAGCCUGGAACUCUGAGGUGGGCUGUGAACUCUAAGAUGUCCUUGAGCAGCGGAGUUUCCGGAGGGAAAGGAGUGGAUGCGAACCCUGUUGAGACGUACGACAGUGGGGAUGAGUGGGACAUUGGAGUAGGGAACCUCAUCAUUGACCUGGACGCUGACUUGGAGAAGGACCAGCAGAAAUUGGAAAUGUCGGGCUCCAAAGAGGUGGGGUUGUCGGCGCCCAAUGCUGUGGCAACGCUGCCUGAUAACAUCAAGUUUGUGACUCCGGUGCCAGGCCCUCAGGGCAAGGAGGGCAAGUCCAAAUCCAAGAGGAGCAAGAGUGGCAAGGACAGUGGCAAGCCGGCCCCAGGAACCUCUCUGUUCACUCCCAGCGAGGGGGCCAGUGGCAAGAAGGAGGUUCAGGGACGCUCUGGGGAUGGCGCCAGUUCAGGCAGCCUGGUGGCUGCUGUCAUCCCGAAGGGCACUGAGAAGUCGGCCAAAGCAUCUCGCAGCGUGGCCAGCUCCAAAAAGGAGAAGGAGGGCAGCUCAUCCAAGAGCAAGAAGGAAAGGAGUGAGGGUGUGGGGGCUCCAUCAGAGAAGGAGCCCAGCGUGCUCCAGCCUCUCGCCCUGGCUGUGAGGGUGGGACAGUACGAUGCGGGCCAAGGGCCAGAACCUGCUGCAGCCGAGCAGCUCGGGAGUAUAGCUAUUGACACGGGAGCUGCGCUCAAUCCUUUGGGAGUUAAAUCGGAGAUGGAGGAUGGGGAAAGUGAGUGCCGGCAGCCGAAAAAGGUCAAAGCAGAGAAGAUGGAGUCUCCGGUCUCCACGCCUGCAGUGUUGCCCUUGCAUCUCCUGGUCCCAGUUGUUAAUAAUGACAUCUCAUCGCCAUGUGAGCAGAUCAUGGUACGCACUCGCUCUGUGGGGGUGAACACCUGCGAUGUGGCAUUGGCUACCGAGCCGGAGUGUCUGGGUCCUUGCGAACCUGGCACCAGCGUCAACCUGGAGGGCAUCGUCUGGCAGGAGACGGAAGAUGGUAUGUUGGUGGUUAACGUGACCUGGAGGAACAAGACGUAUGUGGGUACGCUGCUGGAUUGCACGCAGCACGACUGGGCGCCCCCCAGGUUCUGCGACUCUCCCACCAGUGACCUGGAGAUGCGGAACGGCCGGGGCAGAGGCAAGCGCAUGCGCCCCAACAGCAACACGCCGGUGAACGAGACGGCCGCUGCCUCAGACAGCAAAGGGACCAGCAACAGCAGCAAGACGCGGGCAGGGGCCAGCAGCAAAGGGCGCCGGGGGAGCCAGACCUCCUCAGAUCACCGCCCCCAACCCGGCAGCGCUGCCGAGGAUGUGAAAGCCAGCCCCUCCUCGGUGACCAAGCGGAAAAGCAAGCCCCUUUCCGACAUGGAGCUCAACUCCAGCUCGGAGGACUCCAAGGGCAGCAAGCGCAUCCGCACCAACUCGAUGGGCUCGGCGGCCGCACCCCCGGCUGGGGUCAAGGUGGAGCCUGUAGGCCUGGACAGGAACUGCCCCUCCCCCAUCCUCAUUGACUGCCCUCACCCCAACUGUAACAAGAAGUACAAGCACAUUAACGGGCUGAAGUACCACCAGGCCCAUGCACACACGGACGAUGACAGCAAGCCGGAGGCGGAUGGGGACAGUGAGUGUGGCGAGGAGCUGCCCCUUCACGCCGAUGUCAGCAGCUGCAACGGCUCCCAGAAGGGAUCCCUCUCGCCAGCCCGAUCGGCCACACCCAAGGUGCGGCUGCUGGAGCCUCACAGCCCCUCCCCAUCCGGCAAGUUCAGCACCAAGGCCCCCUGCAAGAAGAAGCUGGGUGGGGAAGGCGACAUGGACCCCGGAGCCCUGUCAAAUGACGGCUCCGAAGACGGCCCCUCGGUGGCGGACGAGACGAGCAACGAUGGUUUUGACGCACUAGAGAAGAGAUGCCUUGACAAGGAGAAGUGCAAGAAGUCAGCCGGUGCUAAGCCUGACAAGCUCCCUUCCAAAAGCUUAAAGUCUGCCAGACCCAUUGCUCCUGCUAUUCCCCCACAGCAGAUCUACACCUUCCAGACGGCCACCUUCACUGCAGCCAGCCCCGGCUCUUCUGCCGCCUUGACCGCCACCGUCGUCCAGGCCAUGCCCAGCAGCCCCCAGCUCAAGCCCAUCCAGCCAAAGCCCACAGUUAUGGGGGAGCCCUUCACGGUCAACCCCGCCCUGACCCCUUCCAAGGACAAGAAGAAGAAGGACAAGAAGAAGAAGGAGUCCAAAGAGGUCGAAAACCCCCUGACUCCUGGGAAAGUCUGCCGAGUGGAGGAGGGCAAAAGUCCCUUCCGAGGGGAAUCGGGGGAGCUCGGGACCAAAGGGGAAGGCCUCCUGAAUGGUUCGUCUGACCCGCACCAGAGCCGGCUCGCCAGCAUCAAGGCUGAGGCGGAUAAGAUCUACAGCUUCACGGACAACGCGCCGAGCCCGUCCAUCGGGGGGGCCAGCAGGCUGGAGAAUGCUGCUGCCACCCCAGCUCAGCCCAUGACCCCGCUGCACGUGGUUACCCAGAACGGGGCGGAGGCAGGCUCGGUGAAAACCAAUAGCCCCGCCUAUUCGGACAUCUCGGAUGCGGGGGAGGAUGGGGAGGGCAAGCUGGAGAGCAUGAAGGCCAAGGACCCAGAGCAGCUGGUCAAGGAAGGCGCAAAGAAAGCGCUUUUCCCUCCCCAGGCGCAGAGCAAGGACUCCCCCUACUACCAAGGCUUUGAAGCGUACUACUCCCCAGGCUACCCCCAGUCGAGCCCUGGGCCCAUGAACCCCAGCAGCCAGGCUGCUGUGGAGAGCCAGCCCUUGAAGAUGAAGAAGGACGAGGAGCAAGAGAGCCCGGAGGGGAAGGUGAAGAGUGAAGGCUGCGAGGAGAAGAAGGUGGAGCUCAGCAGCUCCAGCCAGCAGCCCUCGGUCAUCCAGCAGCGCCCCAACAUGUACAUGCAGUCCCUCUACUAUAACCAGUACGCCUACGUGCCCCCCUACGGCUACAGCGAGCAAAGCUACCAUGCCCACCUGCUGAGCACCAGCCCGGUCUACCGGCAGCAGUACGAGGAGCAGCAGAAGCAAAGGCAGAGCCUGGAGCAGCAACAGCCCCGUGGGCUGGAGAAGAAAGCAGAGCUGGGCCUGAAGGAGAGGGAGGUGGCCCUCAAGGACGACUGGAAGCAGAAGCCGUCCGUCCCUCCCACGCUCACCAAAGCCCCUAGCCUCACGGACCUGGUGAAAUCGGGGAUGAGCAAGGCCAAGGAGCCGGGGGCUGCCGACAUGGCCAAGUCAGUGAUCAUCCCCAAGCUGGAGGACUCCUCCAAGCUCCCCAGCCAGGUGGCUGAGGGACUUAAGGUGAAGCUGGCUGAGGCCAGCCACCUGGGGAAGGAGGCGGCGGAGUCCAAAGCGGGCACGGAGUGCAGCAGGCAGGCAGAGGUGGACCCCGUCCUCUGGUACAGACAGGAAGCAGAGCCCAGGAUGUGGACCUACGUUUAUCCCGCCAAGUACUCGGAGCUCAAGAGCGAGGAUGAAAGGUGGAAAGAGGAGAGGGAUAGGAAGUUGAAGGAAGAAAGGAGCCGAAGCAAGGAGGCCGGCCCUAAGGAGGAUGGGAAGGAGAGCACAAGCUCCGAAUGCAAACUGACAUCCCCCGAGGAGUCCCGCAUGGUGGGGAAAGACCCCAGACCCAGCGUCCACGUACCCGUGUCUUCGCCCCUCACCCAACAUCAGUCCUACAUCCCUUACAUGCACGGCUACUCCUACAGCCAGUCGUACGACCCCAACCACCCCAGCUACCGGGGCAUGCCCACCGUCAUGAUGCAGAACUACCCAGGAUCCUACCUGCCCUCCAGCUAUUCCUUCUCCCCAUAUGGUAGCAAGGCCUCCGGGAGCGAGGAUGGUGACAAGGCGCGAGCCAGCCCCAGCGUGAGCUGCAAACCCAGCUCGGAGUCCAAGGCCCUGGACAUCCUGCAGCAGCAUGCCAGCCACUACAAGAGCAAGUCUCCCACGAUCAGUGAGAAGGCGUCUCAAGAGAGGGAGCGUGGCGGCUGCGGGGUGGUAGGAGGGGGCGGAGGCUGCAGCAGCAUUGGCGGAGCAGCAGGAGGAGAGAGGAGCGUAGAUCGACCCCGGACCUCCCCUUCCCAACGCCUGAUGUCAACACACCACCACCACCACCACCUGGGGUACUCCCUGCUGCCAGCCCAGUACAACCUGCCCUAUGCAACAGGUCUCUCUUCGACAGCCAUCGUGGCCAGUCAGCAGGGCUCUGCUCCCUCCUUGUACCCGCCUCCCAGGAGGUGAGAAUGGACACGCCGUGAUUGGAUAACGGAGUCUGUACCAAGUCAUGUGACUGGCUCACAUGAGGAAGCGCUGGAAAUUCCAUUAGACAUCAGUUGAAUGGUGUUAAUUGUUCUGUUUGACGUUCCUGCCCUAAUCUGAGGCAGACUUUCCUCUUCCCGAGGGGACACAUGGAGUCCCUGCCCCCUCCACGCCCCUUUCCUUGUGAGCCAGGGAGCUGGAACCUACAGGAAUAUUUAUUCUACUGCCCACCGUCCCUGGGAAGGGAAGCGACCCGCCUGCCUGGUGCAUAUGAAGAGGCAAUGGAAGCAGAGAGGGUUUCCGGUGGAUUUGAUUCAGUGUCCCUCUGGAGGUCACUGCUUCGCCAGGGUCUGAGCAGCACAGCAGCGCAGGACAUGGGGUGGGAAGGGAGCGCCAACUGGGCCUGCUCAGCACGCAGCCCUCCCGCCAGCUGCACUUGGCUCUGUGGGAGUGCAGCCCAGAUCUCUACAGUCGAGUUGCCUGGCCCCAGCGUCGCAGUCCCAGGGAAGAAAGUUUAGGGCUCUUUUCAUUUGUAGUAGUGCUGAUAGAGUACCAGCGAGGAGCGUGGGGGGUGCGUCUCUCUGGCGAGCGUGCGUGCGCCCACGGACAUGUGUCAAUGCGGUGUGGGGGUGGGCUCAGUGCACAGUGGGGGACAAGUGGGCUCGUGCAUCUGCAGAGUGGGGAGGAGAGCACGUGUCAGUGCAGCGGGGGGCGAGUGUGCGGCAGUGCAGUGGGGGGGCGGGAUCAGUGCAACGAGGGGAGGGAAGGUCAUCAGUGUAGCGGGUGACGCAUUCACACUCCGGCCGUGUACUUGGCUGGUGCCCUGAGUGCCAUGCCCUGUGUUGGGCAGGUAUGUCUGUGUCCAGGCAGUGCAGAGAGGUGCUGGGCGCCCAGACUAGUCCAGCUGCGGGGUGCACAGAAGUCACUGGCCAGGGUGCAAUUGCCGUUCUGGUCCCUCCAGGUGCUCUGCUGCCAGGGGUUCUCCCCUCAGGCUCCCAACGCCCCUGCCAGCCUUGUCUCUCCUGCCUCCUCCUUGCUGCCUCCUUUCCACUCAUCUUCCUCAGACCUGCUGCACUGGCAGCUGCCACCCCCCCGCCCCGCCUUCCCUGCUGGCAGGGGGCACGGGUUGCUGUGCCACAGACUAACCCUGAUUUGGCACAAACAAGGCCAUUGGGUGGGCUCUUCCUCUCUGAGUCCUGGGAGCAUUCUGCCCCCUGCUCCGCCUGCAGGGCUGAUCGUUCCUCCCUGCGCAGACCUAGGGCCCCCUAUGUUUGCAUAGGCGGCAGUGUGUGUGCGCGAGUGCUAGGGCGGGGGUGUGCCAGGCCUGCUCUCGGCUCCGCACAUGGGGCUGGGGGGUCCGGAGGCUCCUCCGAUGCUGGAUGAAGUCGAGUCUCCUCCGGAGGUUGGCCAGUCUGUGCAGAUGGGGGACGGGUCUGCUCCGGGCUAGGGAAGCAGCCGGUGGCGGCACCAGCAUCUCUUCCUGGCUGCUGCAGGGGCCUCUGCCUUGGGCGCGCCAAACUCCAGUUCAUUUGGCAGGUUUUUAAUUUUGCAUUCCCGAGCUGUGAGGGGCGUGGGUGGUGAGAGCACAGAGCAGUGGGUCCGACGCGGCUGGGCCCAUCCCCCUGUCCCGGUGUGUGUGCUGUGAACCUCUCUCCCCCCAUGGACCUAGAUGCCCAGGCAGUGGAUGUAGCACUCGUACCACUUUGCCAGGCUCCGUUAGCCCAACUGCUCCUUGCCAUCUCCCCUCAGCUGGCCUUGCUGAUGUGCCGUAAGGGCCGCGCUCCCUGGCCUGUGGGCCGCGUGAGGGAGCUGCUUUGAGGAGCUGAUCUCCAGGAGUUAGUAAUCACUCGAAGCUGAUCCCAGCCGGCCUGGUCCACUCCUCGCUCGUCGCUUUCACUCUGAGGCUUGGGAGGGCCCCAGCAGAGCAGGGGCUGGCUCGCUCCCCACUGUGGGCUCAGCCCCGGCCCAUGCAGUGUCUGGUGAGCUGUGCUGUCCCUGCCCUGGGGAGCUGUGUGUGUGGUGCCCAUGUCGCCGUUGUCCCGGGCUGCGCGCUGCCCGCGGGCGCUGUACAUACUGUAAAAAGGAAUUGUUUGAAAGCCGUUGUUUUGGUUUUUGUUUCUUUCCCUGUGGGAGGAGCCCCCCUCCCCCCGGUCAAUCAAAGAGGAGCCGCUGUUCAGUGUGUCGGCCCUGGUUUCCAACGAAGUCAGCGUGUCCGCGCAGCCCCGCCCCCUCCCGCAGCCGCCCUUCAUUGGACUGAUUCUUUUAACCUUUUCAUUUUGUCUGUCAAAGGAACCCGGGCGCUUGCCCCGCUUACGGCCAGGCUCUGUCUGCUGGAUGGGAGGGGCCAGCCCAGCCUCCCCCAUCUGCCGCAGGGCUCAGCCAAAGGGCCGCGGGUGGGGUGGUUUUUUCCCAGGUUCUGGGGAGUGGGAGGCUGGGAAAUGCUACGCUGCCCCCCGGCAUCUCCAGGACGGCCCCAGCCGGAGCAGAGAAUCCACCUGCCACCGCCCAGAGCAGCUGCCCUCUGGUCACUUGUCUGGUGUAAUGGUUUCCUAGGGCCUGUCAGGGUAGGGAGGGUCGGAUUGGCUGUGAGGGUGGGAACUGCCUGGCUGGGGGGGCUUGGGAGGCAGAGCCCCAUCCCUGGGGGAGCCCUGGGCCUAGCCUUUCGCUCUGCAUGUGGCCAGGCAAGCGUCUCCCAAGCUGCUGGCAUGAAGUGACCCUGCAGAGCCACGGGGGCCCAUGGAGCUCAAUUCCCAGCAGGGGGCAGGGACCCAUUUGUGUGUGUUAGUACCAACAAGGGGGUUGGAUGGUCCGGGUCAGGUGGCUUCAGGUUCCUUAUGGUGGGGCUGGGGGUUGGUCUGUUCCUGGUACCUUGGGGUGGUGUCACCAGCCUGCUCCCCAGCCGCCUCCCACCGGGCACCUUGGCUCUGGCAGCUGGGAGACCGUCGGGCAGCCUUGCUGGGCCUGGGAUCUCCUGGGGCUGGGCGGUGCCAGCUCCUGGCCCAGCAGCUCGGCGGGGGCGGGGGGGCUGGCAGAGAGGGUUCUGGCAUGGUUGAAAAUGGAAGGGUUUGGGCUUUUGGGAUGAUUCAGCACCCUGUGCCCAGCUGCUGCCAACAGUCGCGGGCAAAGGGUUUCCCAGUCCCCCUUUUGGAAGUGCCACCUGCAGUGGGUCCUGGCCUCCGCCUGCCCUUAGGUGUUAAUUAAAGCCAUGGUGUAACCCAUAGUUUGAGGUUUGACAUUUUCAAUGUUCCUAGUGGGCUCCUGCUGCAGCAGCAGCGCCCCCUGCUGGGGAGUGAGGUGGUCGGCUGCGGCCCCCCCGCAGUCCCAUCCCUUGUAGCAGUGUCUGUUCAGUGAGUUACUUCCCCCAUGCCCUGGAGCACUGUGAGCAGGGGUCCCAGCAGGUCGGUGAAGCAUUGAUGUUCUAGCUCUUGUUUCCUUUGGAGUUGCUGUGUUGGGUUUAAUUUCAGUCUUCCUGAUUCUGCCCUUCUGUAAAGUGUACAUUAUUACCAAGCUCCUUGUUUUUUAUAUAUAUAUAUAUAAAUAUAUAUAUACACAACCUGCGCUCUCCCUGCCCGGGGCCAGUCAGGCAAGGAGAGAGAAUAAAUCUUUUUAAGAGACAAUCACAAAUAUA